AUGGGCCCCUGUACCGCCUCCUCAUGCUGCUGCCAGGCCCGUAAUCUGCCAUGGGCCCCCGUACCGACUCCUCAUGCUGCUGCCAGGCCCGUAAUCUGUCAUGGGCCCCUGUACCGCCUCCUCAUGCUGCUGCCAGGUCCAGAGUGUGUCAUGGGUCCCUGUACGGCCUCCCAUUGCUGCUGUCUCCAUCGCCACACUCUGCCAUGUGCCACUUUCAGGUCUCCUCACACUGCUGGUGGGUUCCAUUUUAUGAUAGGGUGCUGGCAGAUUACGGGCCUCCCAUUGCUGCUGCCAGGCCCGUAAUCUGCCAUGGGCCCCCGUACCGACUCCUCAUGCUGCUGCCAGGCCCGUAAUCUGUCAUGGGCCCCUGUACCGCCUCCUCAUGCUGCUGCCAGGCCCGUAAUCUGCCAUGGGCCCCCGUACCGACUCCUCAUGCUGCUGCCAGGCCCGUAAUCUGUCAUGGGCCCCUGUACCGCCUCCUCAUGCUGCUGCCAGGUCCAGAGUGUGUCAUGGGUCCCUGUACGGCCUCCCAUUGCUGCUGUCUCCAUCGCCCACACUCUGCCAUGUGCCACUUUCAGGUCUCCUCACACUGCUGGUGGGUUCCAUUUUGUCAUAGGGUGCUGGCAGAUUACGGGCCUCCCAUUGCUGCUGCCAGGCCCGUAAUCUGCCAUGGGCCCCCGUACCGACUCCUCAUGCUGCUGCCAGGUCCGUAAUCUGUCAUGGGCCCCUGUACCGCCUCCUCAUGCUGCUGCCAG